AAGUUCAUUUUUACUAAUAUAUAAUACAUAUAUAAAAUCAAAACACAAAGAUCUUGAAAAAUUAUCCGCAACAUUUUUACUGGCUUAGGAGCAUUGAGUGAAUCGGGCCCUGUUCUGUGACGUAAACACCCGUUCACAGAGGAUCGUCAAGGACGAUCCAUACAUCGUAAACUUUCGUUAAUCGUCGUAGUUGUAUUGUAGUUGAGCGACGCGGAGCAGGAUGUGCCAUGUCUUUAUUCUUUUUUUUUCCUUUACUAUCGCAAAAUUUGUUGAUAAUGAAUCGACAAAGUUUCCGCGUUUCCAAAGCUCAUGAUUUAGCAGCGUAAUUUACGCUGGUUAUUGACGCGUGCCGGGAAAAGCCCGAUGUGUGAUUUUACGGAACAUUUAUAUGGCAACAAAUUUCCAGCGAUGCUAUUUACAUAAUGCGAGCAUAAAUGAGAUUCACCAGGAUUCCACAUGAACGGACGAUGAAAGCAAAAAAUGAUAGAGGGCCCAUCACAUAUCGCAAAAUCGAGAUAUAAUUACACUGCCUAUAAACUUUGGAUCAACAUGUCUAUCGAUUUUUUUCACAUUGAUAUUAACGAGAGUUAAUUAAAAUGUGAAAUAUAUAUUUCAAGCAAUUUACAAUCACGGAAAAAACAAAAUUAUAUAAUAAUAGAUAAUAUUAUAAGAGAAAAUUACGCCUAUAAAAAAAUAUUACGUUUAGAGAUAAAUUCGUGUUGAGAUAAUUAUAUAUGACGCGGAGAAUGCGCAUAAAAAGGAAGUUGAGAAAUAUCGGUAUACAAAGAUCAUGUGUUAUCAUUAACAUGAUAUCACUUUUGACGUGGAAACUGCAACAGGCGUAUGCUACGGAAACACAAUAAAAUUUACAAGUUUGCGGAAAUAUUCAUUGGAUUGAUUUAUUUAGCACGGAAAUAAUUCACUUCUUUUUUUUUUCUUUUUUACUAAGUUUGAGAUAAAGUCACUGAGAUUUGAUUAUUUAAAAAAAAUUGAGAAACUUCUUUCUAGGUAUGUGAAAGAAGUGUAUCGAAAUCGUGAAUAGUUUUAUUAAUAAAUAUUUGUGACAAAGGACGAGGAAUCUUUUGCUUCAUACUUUCACAGAGACAUACGAGAGACGAUUACUUUACUAUGAAUUAAAAAUAAAUUAUAUAUUGCAGUAGUACCAUGUUCCAACAAGUGUCAGGCUAAGGGAGAGAAUUACGAUACAUCUUGGAAAAUGAUCACCCGUCGUGAGACAUAUCUCGUGAUUUUGAUUAUCACUAUAAGCAGUUUCUCCGCCUUUCAUUGCCCAACAAAUACGACAUGCGUCUGUGACCUGAAUUACGAUGACGCUUUCGAGUUAAACUGUUUAAUGAAGAACGACUCCUAUUUCAUUGUGAAUAUUCAACCGAACCAAUAUAUAAAGAUCAAUUGUAUCAACUCGCCGGAAUGGACAGAUUUCUAUUUGGAUGUGACGUCCCAAACGGAAAAUGAAAUCAAAUCAAUGUUCUUUCAAAUGUGCGAUUUACCGAACAACAGAAGUUUGGGUGAAAUCACGAAAAUGUUAGGAGCUACUGGCGUUGAGAAAUUGGGCUUCCAAUCGUACAAGAACUUGAGCUUCACUCUGAAAAAGCAACAUCUAGCCGGUUUCGAGAAUCUGAAGUCUUUAAUUUUAUCGAGCAAUAAUGUGUCCUAUGUAGACAGGGAUCUGUUGGCCGAUCUGACUAACUUGACGGGGCUCAACUUGCGCGAAAACAACUUACACUUGAUCAAUGGAAUUUUCAAUCAUACCCCUCAAUUGCAGUGGCUCGAAUUGUCCGAUAAUGAUUUGCAAUCGAUAGAAUUAGGCACAUUUGGGAAUCUGAAAAACCUGACAUUUCUCAAUUUGUGGAAAAAUCGUUUAACGAAACUACAAUCGGGAAUUUUUGAUGGUCUCGUCGCUCUCAAAACACUCGAUCUUAAUUGGAAUAACAUGAUCAGUUUACCGGAAGACAUAUUUGCGAAGCUGAAGAAUCUCGAGAUUCUCAACUUAUCUCGGAACAAUUUUACACAUUUACCAAGGAAUCUGCUACGAAAUAACAUGAAACUACAUACCUUCACUAUGUCUGACAACAAAAGAAAUAUGACCUUGCCAAAUGAAUUUUUCGCUAAUUUAACAGAACUAAAGGUGUUGAAUCUGAUCAAGAAUGGAUUUACCAUAUUACAGGAAGAUCUUUUCUGGGGAUCUUCUUCACUGACCAAUAUCACUUUAAGCCGAAAUUAUCUUAAAUUCUUACCCAUGCUAAUAUUCCGAGAUUUAAAAGAAUUGCAAGAAUUGAAAUUGACUUUCAAUGAUCUUGAAGAAUUGCCUGAUUAUAUUUUCUUGAAUACCAAGCGAUUGAUAAAAUUGGAUUUAUCAAAAAAUCGCAUCACUUUCAUUUCCAACCAUGUAUUCGACGGAUUGAAUGCAUUGGAAGAAUUAAAUAUAGAAGAAAAUCAACUGACGACCAUUUCCGACCAUAGUUUUACCCCUUUAGAACAAUUGAAGAUUGCUAAAUUUUCCAACAACCGUCUUACGUUACGAUCUACUUUUUUCGAGUAUCAUGAUGAAUAUGGAACCACGUCACCUUUUCAUCAUUGCAUCAAUUUAAAGGAAUUAUAUUUAGCCAAUAACAAUAUUUCGGAAAUAUUCAGUGACUGGAAGUUGAGUAAUAUGCAACUUCGAAUAUUGGACCUCAGAUAUAACAAUAUAUCCUCUAUAGAUAGCGAAGAUUUGCAAUUUUUAUCCGAUAUCAAAGUGGAUUUAACUUACAACAAAAUACAGCACAUCUUCUUGCAUAGUGCCGAACAAAUCGCAGAAUUUCAACAGGCUUUUCAUGAUGCGAUAAUAUUAGUGGAGAACAAUCCGUUAAGUUGCGAUUGCGAGCUGUAUGACUUUUUACGAUAUAUCGAAGGCAAAAUGCAUUCCAACGUUCAAAAUUAUUUCCACAUAAUACCUGGAAAUUUAACUUGUCAAAGCCCAGAGGAGCUGAAGAACGUGCUCGUUAAGAAGUUAAAAUCUGAAUCAUUAAUGUGCACGGUGAAUGACACAAAUCUCGAGUGCCCCAAAAUAUGCGACUGUUACGUGAAGCCAGAUGGCAAUGUAUUCAUAUUCAACUGCUCUCAUAGAAAUUUAACUAGCGUUCCGAGCGAUAUAAAAAAUCCUGGCGAUUUCUGGCAACUCGAAUUGAAUUUCGCCAAUAAUCAAUUUACGCGAAUGCCGGAUUUGAAAAAUUUAAAACUUGAAUCAGUGAAAAAACUUAUUUUAUCUCACAACAACAUCUCUGAGAUCUUCUUAGACGAACUGCCCAAGACAAUACAGGUCUUGGAACUACAUAAUAACAACAUGUCAACAAUACAUCCUGAUGUGUUAAAGUUCUUGAAAAACUCUAAGAAUUUAAACUUGACGUUACACAAAAAUCCAUGGAUAUGCGAUUGCAACACUAAGGACUUUCUAAAUUUUAUUCAAACGAAACUCGUGGAUAUACCUAAUCUACAUAAAGUGAAGUGUCCCGGGAAAGAUAAGACCAUAUCAGAGAUGACCACGAUCGAAUUUUGUCCGUUUGACAAUACAGCGAUUAUGGGCAUCAGCGUAGCGAUCGCUCUGAUCGGAUUGCUUAUUGGCAUCUCGGGACUACUCUAUUACAAAUAUCAACAACAGAUCAAAGUGUGGCUAUUCGCGCAUCAAUGGUGUUUGUGGUUCGUAACGGAAGAGGAAUUGGAUAAGGAGAAAUUAUACGAUGCGUUUGUAAGCUACUCGCACAAGGAUCAAGACUUUGUGGUAAAUGAACUAGUGUCGAAAUUGGAAAACGGCCCGACGCCAUUCAAGCUAUGUCUUCAUUAUCGGGAUUGGUUGGCGGGCGAAUGGAUACCAGCGAAUAUCGCUAGAUCUGUGGAAGAUUCGAAACGAACGAUAGUAGUAUUGUCACCGAAUUUUCUCGAGAGCGUCUGGGGAAGGAUGGAGUUUCGAGCCGCUCACAGUCAGGCAUUGAGCGAAGGUCGAGCGCGAGUGAUAUUGAUUCUAUACGGCGAUAUCGGUCCUACGGAUGACUUGGAUCCAGAAUUGAAGGCAUACAUAAGUAUGAAUACUUAUGUCAAAUGGGGAGAUCCUUGGUUCUGGGAUAAAUUGAGAUACGCGUUACCGCAUCAAACCAAAUUACCUAGAAAGAGUAGCAUGGUCGGAAGAAAAAUCUUUGAGAAUCAUCAACUAUGUAUUCAAGCAAACGGAGAUAAAAAAGAACUUAUGUAUCCGAUCGGGAUUCCCGAGACUCCUCCCAACACUACGCCACCCGCCGAUACAUUUAAAACAUUCGUAUGCGACAAGAAGCUGGAAGAAAAGUUACCUUCGAACGAAUUUCCGCAAGACUCGUGUAAAUUAAAUGGAACAAUAAUUCUUACACCAGAACAUUUAAUUAAACAUGAUCCUAUGAUUGAUAAUAAAGAGUGCAUUGUUUGAUACAAAGAUAAAAAUAUAAGAUAUAAUGACGAACGAUCAUAUUUAUAGUUUCGUCUAUGAUAGACGCAGUGUUGACAUUCCCAGAUUGUCUUGAGAAUUUUUUUUUCUUAUAAAGAAAACUUGAUCUUAAUUUAAAAUCUUCAGAUGAAAUGAUUAAGAUUACAAACUUGAUACAACAAGAGACAGAAACAAGAGAAAAGAAAGAAAACAAGAUAAAUAUAACAAAUAACUGACUGAUGUUAGGAUGAACCUACAUAUAUAUAAAUGUUAGCAUAAUAUGUAAUACAUAUUUUUUAUCAAUUCCUGAUAUAAUUAUUAAUAUUAAUUUUCAGGAAUAAAAAGCUCACUUAAAUAAUUCAUAUAAAAUAUUAUGCUCUAUAUAUAUUUUAAACAUGUUAUUGUAAACAUUAUAUUAUUCUGCCAGCUCUUAAAUACCUUUUGAGAAAUGUAGUUGAAUGUGUGUACUUGAAUUUAAACUUUUGAGCACACUAUAUAAAAUUCCAAAUCAUGAUUGUAAAUUGUUAUAAAUUGGCUUUUUUAUAACACAAUAUAUAUUAUAAAUAUUAUUGUUAAUAUUAUAUCAUAUAAUGUUUAUACCUGUUAUAGAUGUGUUAACUUUAAUAUGCGAUAUUCUAUCAUGUAAUAUAUAUUAUAAGUUUUCAGUAUAUCUUUUAAAUUUAAAAAAAUAGCUCGUAUAAGAAAAUACUCAGUGACGCUAUUUGGCGUAUUAUAAUGCAUCUUAUUUAGAUAUCAAAUACACUUAUAUAUAGUGCAAUAGCAUUAAUGAGCAUAAAGAAUUUAUAUAUAUAAUUUUUUAUAUAAUAGUUUAUAUAUAUAAAAUUUUCCAUAUCUUCAUUACUGUACCAAUCCUUAACAGAUUCUUUGAUCAAAUUGUUAAAUACUGAUGCAGUAAUGGUAGAGAGAGAACAACCUAUAUAUAAUUUAAGUUACUAAGACAGUACCUGACAAACAAAAGAAUAAUUAAUUUGUAAGUAACUUUUCUUUACAAAAUACUUUCCAUGUCAAGCAUUAUGCAAAUAUCGUGCAUUAAUAGGAAUGUUUAUAUAAUACAAAAUUCCCUGCUUUUUUUAAAUAUCCUCUCAUAUAUCUAUUCUUGGACGAAUUUGAUAUACACUACUGUUUAUACAUUUAAAAGGUAUGAACAGUAACUAUAAAUAAUAUUUUCCAUCAUUGUCAUAAACUUUGAAAUAAUUAAAAGUUUGUGCAAGAUUAACAUGUUAAAAAACAUGCAAAAGAUAUGCUAAUUAAGAAUUACAUAUGUAUAAUUGAUUAUAAUUCUUUAUUUUAUUUUUUUUAUUCUUUGUAUAUGAUAGAACGUAGCGUCUUGUAUUAUAUAUAUGUACUAGAGAUGCAACGAAUAGUAUAUUCGACCGAAUACCGAAUAUUAGACAAGAUCAUGUGCCGAAUAACCGAAUAUUCGGCGAAUAUUAGGCACGGUUUUAAUGCCAACGACUCAACAUAGACUAUUCGAAAACAAUGCAGCGGCACUCCCGACCGUGCCACCCCGCAUAAAUACAUUAUGUAACAAUAAACGUGUUUUAUUUUAUUUUAUUUUAUUAGAUAUAUAAAUAAAUAAGUUAGAUAUUCGAGCAUAUUAAAACUACGCAUCCGCGGCUGAGCUGGCAACAAUCUAUUAGCUACUAUUUCCUCCCAGUUUUACAUUUAAAAUUAUUCGAUAUUUGGCCGAAUAGUAGACUAAUAUUCAGUGUUCGGCCGAAUAGUAAAAACGUUGCAGAAUACCGAAUAGUUGCCUAAUAUUCGUUGCAAUUCUAAUAUGCAUUGAUACUUUAGAAAAAAUUCAUUAUCUGGAAAUAUAUAUGCAGGAUACAUGACAAAAUGCUUUUAUAAUGUAUAUAUGUAUGUAUGUAUGUAUAUUGUAUAUAUGGCUGUGUUCUGAUAUUCACUGCCAGUACUGAAAAUCUAUAGUUUACGUCACAUACACUAUAGAUUUUCAGUAUUGGCAGUGAAUAUCGCAACACAGCCUAUGUGUAGAUUUAUAAUUUAAGAAUCUGUUGCAAAGAUAUUAGAUUUCAAAGAUAGCAAAUUUAUAGUAUGAGAAAUAAUAUAAUGGAUGUUCUUACUAGAGAAUAAUUGAAUCUGAGUUAUCUGAAAGAUGUUGAACACCAUGUGUUUGUAUAACCAUUAGCACAAAAAAAUUUCAAAAAUAAGAUACACUUAAAAAAAAAAAGUAGUAAUAAUUUUAUUUCACGAUUGAUCAGUAAAAAUCAAUAAAGCCUGAAAAAGUUUUAAUGGAAGAGUAUAUAAUGAAAAUGUAAUUUCAUUAUAGAGUAAAUGCUAUCAAUGAAUUUUGAAUCAAACAACUUUUAUUCACUGAUUGCUGUGUAAAUCGAUCCGUUAAAAUUAUUUACGAGUUUUUAUCAGAAACAAUUUUAAAACUCGUAUUACAUUGGAACAAAUGAACACUCUAAGAUUAUGUGGAAAAAUAAAUGCGAAAUAAAAAUUUAUUUUUUGAUAUAUAUGUUCAUCACAUAGGAAAGAAAUCUUUAUUUUUUCUUAAGUGUAUCUUAUAGCGUUAUCUCUGAAAAAUUACUCUUGUUUUUUGCUGGAAAAUAUUGUGUGUGCAUACUGAAUAAAAAUUCUGAAUAAUUUUCACUUA